AGUGCGAUUUACAGGCGAGGCCCAGGGAAGGCCAGGUCGGAGCAACCUGUAACUGGACACCGGCUGCUGAACCGCCCUAGGACAUCUCUGUCACAGUCCCUCAGGAGCCCAGGUCAUUCCCCACCAUGGGUGAAGUGACCGCGGAGGAAGUGGAGAAGUUCCUGGACUCGAACAUUGGCUUUGCCAAACAGUACUAUAACCUCCGCUACCGGCCCAAGGUCAUCGCAGAUAUCCUCGGGGCCAAGGAGGCGGCCGUGGACUUCAGCAACUACCGCUCGCUGAACAGCAUAGAGGAGAGUGAGAUCAUCUUCGACCUCCUGCGGGACUUUCAGGAAAACUUGCAGGCUGAGAAAUGCAUGUGCAACGUCAUGAAGAAGCUGUGCUUUCUCCUGCAGGCCGAACACAUGAGCCUCUUCAUGUACAGGGCCCGCAACGGCACUGCCGAGCUGGCCACCCGGCUCUUCAACGUCCACAAGGAUGCUGUCCUCGAGGACUGCCUGGUGAUGCCCGACCAAGAGAUCGUUUUCCCUCUGGACAUGGGCGUGGUGGGCCACGUUGCACACUCUAAAAAGAUUGCCAACGUCCCCAACACAGAGGAGGACGAGCACUUCUGUGACUUUGUGGACACCCUCAUGGAGUACAAGACCAAGAGCAUCUUGGCUUGCCCCAUCAUGAACGGGAAGGAUGUGGUGGCCGUGGUCAUGGCUGUGAAUAAAGUGGACGGAUCCCACUUCAGCGCAAAAGAUGAGGAGAUUCUUCUCAAGUACCUCAAUUUUGCAAAUCUCAUCAUGAAGGUUUACCACCUGAGCUACCUACACAACUGUGAGACUCGACGCGGCCAGAUCCUGCUGUGGUCUGGGAGCAAAGUCUUUGAAGAGCUCACGGACAUUGAAAGGCAGUUCCACAAAGCUCUGUACACGGUCCGUGCCUUCCUCAACUGUGACAGAUACUCCGUGGGUCUCUUGGACAUGACCAAGCAGAAGGAAUUUUUUGACGUGUGGCCAGUUCUGAUGGGUGAGGCUGCUCCGUACUCUGGGCCCAAGACUCCGGAUGGAAGGGAAAUUAACUUUUACAAGGUCAUUGACUACAUCCUGCAUGGCAAAGAGGACAUCAAAGUCAUCCCGAACCCACCUCCUGACCACUGGGCUUUAGUCAGCGGGCUCCCCUCUUACGUUGCUCAAAAUGGCCUGAUUUGCAACAUCAUGAACGCACCUGAUGAGGACUUUUUUGAAUUCCAGAAGGAACCUCUGGAUGAGUCUGGAUGGAUGAUCAAAAAUGUGCUUUCCAUGCCGAUCGUGAACAAGAAGGAAGAGAUCGUUGGGGUGGCCACCUUCUAUAACCGCAAAGAUGGGAAGCCCUUUGAUGAGAUGGAUGAGACCCUCAUGGAGUCUUUGGCUCAAUUUCUGGGCUGGUCUGUCUUAAAUCCUGACACCUAUGAGUCGAUGAACAGACUUGAAAACCGAAAGGAUAUUUUCCAGGACAUAGUAAAAUAUCACGUGACGUGUGACAAUGAUGAGGUUCAACACAUCCUGAAAACCAGAGAGGUGUACGGGAAAGAGCCGUGGGAGUGUGAGGAGGAGGAGCUGGCUGAGAUCCUGCAAGCAGAGCUUCCCGAUGCCGAGAAGUUUGAAAUCAACAGAUUCCACUUCAGUGACUUGCCCCUAACAGAACUGGAGCUGGUGAAAUGUGGGAUCCAGAUGUAUUAUGAGCUCAAAGUGGUGGAUAAAUUUCACAUUCCUCAAGAGGCCCUGGUGCGGUUCAUGUACUCCCUGAGUAAGGGCUACCGCAAGAUCACCUACCACAACUGGCGGCACGGCUUCAACGUGGGGCAGACCAUGUUCUCCUUGCUGAUGACGGGAAAGCUGAAGCGGUACUUCACGGACCUGGAGGCCUUGGCCAUGGUCACUGCUGCCUUCUGCCAUGACAUUGACCACAGAGGCACCAACAACCUCUACCAGAUGAAGUCCCAGAACCCACUGGCCAAGCUCCAUGGGUCCUCCAUCUUGGAAAGACAUCACUUGGAGUUUGGCAAAACAUUGCUCAGGGACGAGAACCUGAACAUCUUUCAAAACCUCAACCGCCGGCAGCACGAGCAUGCCAUCCACAUGAUGGACAUCGCCAUCAUUGCCACAGACCUCGCCCUGUAUUUCAAGAAGAGGACGAUGUUUCAGAAGAUUGUGGACCAGUCCAAGACGUACGAGACUGAGCAUGAGUGGACACAGUACAUGAUGCUGGAGCAGACGCGGAAGGAAAUUGUCAUGGCCAUGAUGAUGACUGCCUGUGACCUCUCUGCCAUCACCAAGCCCUGGGAAGUGCAGAGCAAGGUGGCGCUGCUGGUGGCUGCUGAAUUCUGGGAACAAGGCGACCUGGAGCGCACGGUGCUGCAGCAGAACCCCAUUCCUAUGAUGGACAGACACAAGGCGGACGAGCUCCCCAAGCUUCAAGUCGGCUUCAUCGACUUUGUUUGCACCUUCGUGUACAAGGAGUUCUCCCGCUUCCACGCGGAGAUCACACCCAUGCUGGACGGGAUCACCAACAACCGCAAGGAGUGGAAGGCACUGGCCGACGAGUACGAGGCCAAGGUGAAGGCGAAGGAUGAGGAGAAGCAGAAGCAGCAGUCGGCCAAGCAAGCAGCUGCGGGAAAUCCAGGCGGGGGUCCCAACCCAGGGGGCUCUGCCACGUCCAAGUCCUGCUGCAUCCAGUAGCCUGCCAGGGACC